UCUGCAUAGUAAUAUGGUUCUUGAGGUGAUUGAUUGGUUUUCCAUCGAAAGUCGGGAAGACAACCUUCUAUGGGAUCGAAGCACACUUUCCUCUUAAUCUGAAAGACUGCCGGAUCAUUCCAAGAGGGGAGGAUUAUUAGGACAUGUCCCAGAACCACACUGACGUCUCUUACAGCUGUGGUUCUUGCGGUUAUCCUCUAAACUUGAAAUCAUCUGAUAGGAUCACUUCCGGGAUAGGCUCGGAAUACCAGAAAUCCAUAAAGAGAGGCCUCAUCUCCUUCCGCUCUAUCGACUUCAGUCGGUUUACUCAGGUAGACGAAUUCUACUGCUUCCCCUUUGCUUGGGCCCGUCAGCGGUCAAAAACUAAGCUCCUCUGCCGCAAGUGCGCAUCCCCCAUAGGCUACGGUUACAGAGACUCGCCACCUCUCUGUGGGUUUGACUCCCCGAACUUGUCUCCUGCAUUCCGGAAGUUCACUGUUAAGAUCCGAGCCCUCCAGCCUUCUGAAGAGUCCGAGAGGAACUGAAACUUUCUGAACAAUGGAAGUUCAUUCU